AUGGGUCGGGACACAGCUGCAGAGCAGAGGCUGGAGUUGCGCGUGCUGCAGACGGAAGAGCAGAUGCAGCGGAGCGCAUGGGAAUCACGGAAUGCUACGCUGCAUUCAGAGAUUUUGGUUCUUCAAGAAGCAAAGGCCCAACAGGAUGUACGAGCGCGUGAGCUACAGGGCCAGUUGCGCAAGAAGGAACAGAUGGCGGAGGGAGCUGACGUGCAAUUCCGGAAGGAGGUUCGCUGCCUAGAAGAUGCGCAGGCGGAAUGUGCGACCAAAGCUGCAGAACAGAUGCAGGAGAUGCGCGUCGUGCAGUCGGAAGGGCAACUGCAGCGGAGCGCAUGGGAAUCGCAGAACGCUGCAUUGCGUUCACAAGUUUCGGGUCUUCAAGAGGCAAUUGUUCAACGAGAGGCACAUGCCCGUGAGUUGCAGGACCAGUUGCAGCUGCAGAAGCAGAUGUUGGAGGAAACCACCGCUCAAUUCCGUCACGAGGCUCGCUGCUUGGAUGAGGCUCGUGCCAUGGGUCGGGACACAGCUGCAGAGCAGAGGCUGGAGUUGCGCGUGCUGCAGUCGGAAGAGCAGAUGCAGCGGAGCGCAUGGGAAUCACGGAAUGCUGCAUUGCACUCAGAGAUUUCGGGUCUUCGAGAAGCAAAGGCUGAGCGUGAUGCACGAGCGUGUGAACUACAGGGCCAGUUACACAAACAGGAGCAGACGGCGGAGGAAGCUGACGCGCAGUUCCGUCAUGAGGUUCGCUGCCUAGAAGAUGCGCAGGCGGAAUGUGCGAACAAAGCUGCAGAACAGAUGCAGGAGAUGCGUGUCGUGCAGUCGGAAGGGCAACUGCAGCGGAGCGCGUGGGCGUCGCAGAAUGCUGCAUUGCACUCAGAGAUUUCGGGUCUUCGAGAAGCAAAGGCUGAGCGUGAUGCACGAGCGUGUGAACUACAGGGCCAGUUACACAAACAGGAGCAGACGGCGGAGGAAGCUGGCGUGCAAUUCCGGAAGGAGGUUCGCUGCCUAGAAGAUGCGCAGGCGGAAUGUGCGACCAAAGCUGCAGAACAGAUGCAGGAGAUGCGCGUCGUGCAGUCGGAAGGACAAUUGCAGCGGAGCGCAUGGGAAUCGCAGAACGCUGCAUUGCGUUCACAAGUUUCGGGUCUUCAAGAAGCUCUUGGUCAGCGGGACAUUCAAGUUCGCGAGCUGGAGGCCGCCCUUCUGCAAGCUGAAGCGCAUGCAGCUGAGCAGAAGGGACAGUUUUUGGAACAGCACCACUCAUUGGAGGUAGCAGAGGUGCAACUCCACAAGUUGGAGAUGUGCGAGGCCACAGAGAGCAGAACCAAGCACCAACACAUGCAAGCGGAAUCGCGCGUACUGAGUGUGGAAUGUCAGGAGCUCAAUACCAGAUGGUUGGUUGCAACAGAAACCAUUGAAUGUCUGGAACUGGACACGCAAAAGCUCGAGUCCCAGGCUGAGAGCUUUCGUGCAGAAGCCGACGCUUACGAGUGCCUUGUCAAAUCGCAGCUCCGACUGGAGAGAGAGGAGUCGACCUACAAACAAGCGCUGGCAGCAUCGCGCGCAGACAGUUAUGAGCAAGAAGAAGAUCUUUGCCACAUGCGACUGGAACACAACAGCGCUCAAAUGCAGCAGGAAGCGUUGGAGUCGCAAAAUGAAGCUCUGCAAUCUUGGUGCUCUUCGUUGCAAGAACAGAACUUGCAGUUGCAAAGUGUGCGAGCACAAGAUGAGAUGCGCUGGCUCUCAGAGUGCAGGGAAACACAUUUGCUUCGACAACGCUUGCUUGAAGCAAACGAGUUGCAAGCAGGCGCUUCUGGUCGGGAACCAACUCUAUGUGAAGAGGUCAACUGCCUGAGAGAAGCCAAUGCAGCCUUCGAGGGCACCGUGGGUGAGAUCAAAUGUCGCCACCGGCAGAUGCAAGCAGAGUCAGAACGCCGCCGGUCAGAAUGCGAAGAACUCACUGCAAGCUGGCUGUCUGCCUGUGAGGAGGUUGACUCCAUGCGGCUUGGCAUGUGGCAGCUGAAGGCCCAAGUCGAGAAUGCACAGAAGAAGAGCGAACAACUGGUGGUUGAUUGCAAAGCCUUGAAGAAAGAGCGCGCUGAAAGUCAGGAGCAGAGUGCCAGGUUGCAGCUGCAUGUGCGUCAGUGUCGCGCGCAGUUAGCGGCGCUUCAGCAAGAGGUCGUGAUAGAAGGGUUGAAUUUCGUGCAUCCGGACAGCCAAGUACGUCUUCAUCAAGCAGAACGAGCCGCGCGCGCCUAUGAGUUGCAGGACCAGCUGCAAACAGACCGGCACUUGUCGGAAGAAGUGCAAGCGGCGGAGCAGUUGCGCCGGCUUUCCCGCCAAUCCAUCUGGGGCCCAGCCGGCGGCCACACCACAACGGGAUCAGCGAGGUCCUCCGCUCGUGUUUGCCGCUGUCGUUUGCUGCUUCGAAAUGCUUGCUUGGUCAUUUGGCGACACUGGACAGCGGAGAGGAAGUAUGCACAACGCCACGCAGUUCCUUUGAAUGUGGAAAGACGGUGGCCCUUGGCCUUGGCAUUCACCGUCUGGGCAAGGUCGAGUGAGACUGCGACAUUUCGCAUCCGUCAUGGGCUGCAUCUGUUGUACGCCGCAGUGCUGAGUGCACAGCGACGAUGUUUGCUCCAGGCAACCCGCUGCCUGCUGGGAAGCUCCAAAGACACCGUGCUGGUAGCUCUCACGGAUGCAGCCUCUGCGCAAAGUGACAGAACUUACAAGCGAAGACGUAGUGUGGUUGAUCGAUUUGUGGUUGGACACCUUCCAGCGCGGCGCAGAGUGCUGGAGCUUGCCUUGCGUGCUUGGCGAGACGUAUCGUGCACUUACCAGACUUAUGGCAAUCAAACUGGAAGGCAGCCAUCGGCUCUCCAGUCAAAGGCUGGCGCGUUUUCACACGACGAGAUCCGGAAGAGAGUCUGCGAAAGCAAGCCGAAGACAAAGGCCUCAAUUCCAACCAUGCUGUUGUUGCAGACAAUGUCUGCUUGGCGAGGAGUCGUUCGAGCUCGGAGGGCCAGAAGCAAGUCAUGA